UGAGUCUCCGUGUCGCUCACUGAGUCAAUAAAGCAUUCCUUCACUAUCACUGCUGCUCCCUGAGCCUCCGUCUUAUCAGAGCAGUGCUGCAGUUCUCUCAGAGCUGGAGGGACAAGGGGACGUAUACUCAGUACUGGAGGGACAGGGGACGUAUACUCAGUUCUGGAGGGACGGUGGACGUAAAAAAAGCACUGGACGAUUUGUGGAUAUACACCAAUUUCUGGAUGGUUGGUGGAUGUUUGCUCAGUGCUGUGCAGGCAGGGGGACGUAUGCUAAGUACUGCAUAGUUGGUGGACAUACAGUUGUUCUGGACAGUUGUUGGACAUAAACCAAGUACUGGACAAUUGGUGGAUAUACACCAAUUUCUGAAUGGUUGCUGGACGUACGCUAAGUACUGGACAGUUGGUAGACAUACACAUGGACAUACACAUAGUGCUGUAGGGUCAGGUGGACAUACACUAAAUACUGGACAAUCGGUGGACAUACAGGAUGUUCUGGACGUUGGUGGACGUACACUAAAUUCUGGACGGUUGGUGGAUGUACGCUAAGUACUGGAUAUACAUCAAUUUCUAGACAGUUUGAGGACAUACACUAAGUACUGGAUGGUUGCAGGACAUAUGCAUGGACAUACACAUAAUGCUGUAGGGUGAGGUGGACAUACUGCAGGUUCUGGACAGUUGUUGGACAUACACUAAGGACGUACGCUCAGAGUUAGAGGGACAGGGGACGUACGGUUAGCUCUUAGCUAAAGGGAAAGGAAGCUAACUCAGUCUUGAGAGUUUGGUGGAUGUAUACUUUGUCCUGGAGACACAGAGGACGUAUUAUUAGUGCUGUGGGGACAGGGGACAUACAGGGACAUACGGGUGUCUCAGUCCUGGACGUUUAGUGGACGUACGCUCAGUGCUGGAGUCUCUGAGCUGGAGUUUGAUCUGUGUCCGGAACUACAGCGGCUCUGGUGUUGUGUAACGUGGACAGAGCUCAGGGCUUCAGCGUGCGUUCAUUACCCGCGUGUGUGUGUGUGAGAGUGUGUGUGAGUGUAUGAAUGUGUGUGUGUGUGCGUGUGUGUGUGUGUGUGAAUGUGUGAAUGUGUGUGUGUGUGUGGGGUAGCUGCAGGCGAGUGUGUGGAUGAAGGUCUCGGCGGAGAGUGACGGCAGUGUUCUGACUCCUCUCGGAGCUUCUUUGGAUGAUCAGAGCAGCACUCCGUCCAAAGGACUUCCGAAGAAUGGCUGCAGCUUUGAAGAUGACUUGUCCUUGGGUGCUGAGGCCAAUCAUCUCCAGAGCAGCAGUACGAAGCCUGAUGAUCCCGGCUUCAGCAUGCCAGCCAAGGAGAAGAGGAGUCAGUUCAGACAGAAAGGCCGGAGCAUGAACUCCACCGGCUCAGGGAAGAGCAGUGGAACCGUCUCCAGUGUGUCGGAGUUACUGGAUCUGUAUGAAGAGGACCCGGAGGAGAUCCUGUAUAACCUGGGCUUCGGGCGAGAGGAACCGGACAUCGCCUCCAAAAUCCCCUCCCGCUUCUUCAACGCCUCGUCCGGCGCCAAGGGCAUCGACAUCAAGGUGUACCUGGGAGCGCAGAUGCAGCGCAUGGAGCUGGAGAACCCCAACUACGCCCUCACCAGUCGUUUCCGUCAGACAGAAGUUCUGGCCACGGUGGCGAACGUUUUCUCCGAGAUCUACUCCCAGGUUUCGGGCCGGCCGCUCCAGAAGAUCGGCACCAAGGAGGCGGAGCCUAAUGAGCCCCUCCCCCUGAGGAGCAAUAGCUCCGCCCUCAACGCGGUGAAGAUCCUGAAGAAGAGCCUGACUCGCCCGAACCUCCUGAACUCUGCGGAGGGAGGAGCGUCCGCUCAGUCCGGCGGGACGUCCAGCACUGAGGGGACGGAGAGGGGACAUCCUCAGGACCCUCAUUCCGACUCGGAGCACAAACCUCCCAAAGUUUUCCGUAAGAAAGACUCCUCCUCUCCUCUCGCCACGGUAACGGAGGAGUCGGUUCAGCUCUCUCCUCAGGGUGGAGUAAAUGGGGUUGAGGUGGAGUCGGUGGUGGUUAAUGGGGACUCCUCUCCGGUGGUGGUCAGUGUUAUAGAGGUUUCGGAGCAGAGCGACGGCGUUCAGGCCGGUGAAGCUGGAGAUCAGCAGAAGAGCGUCUCCUCGUCCACGCCGGACAGAGACGUCUGCUCCCUGCUGCCCAAUCCGCACAUAGCUCACCUCCUCAACCAACCACGCGACUCCUUCGAGAUGGAGGAGCUGCAGAGUAUUGAUGGGGAGGCUGUGUGCGGGACUCGCUGUAUAUCUAGAGCCGGCAGUGAGAGUUUAUUAAGAACAGCCAGUCAGCAGUCAGACAGCAGCGGCUUCGCUGAAGAUCCUUCAACAGACGGUUCUGCUAAUUACCUGAAGGUCCAGGAGAGUUCGGACAGCUGCGACAGCGAGACGACAGUGACCUCUCAUGCAGGAGGAGUCACCACACCUGUAGCUUUGGACCACCCUGCUUUCGAGAAGCUUCAGGGUGAGGAAGAUGAUCUACUGCCUGGCUUGGGACCCUUUGGCUUGGCUGGAGUGGCAGAGGACAUUCCUGACUACAUGGCCCAUCAAGUCCCGAGACAACAGGUCACGGAGACGGACGUACAGGGUUCUGGAGUCUCGUCCCUGGUGCCGUCCGAUAGACUAGAAAGUUCUGCAAUGGAGACGAGCUCAAGCAUUGAGUCUGGGUCCACCGUGACUGUAGAGUCGGAGGAUCUGGAAUCCAGUACAGGCGCUGAUGUGGAGACCUCUCCCGAAGGCGAAGUCAGUUCAACUACUGAGAAUGCUUCUUUAGCGUCAGCGAAAGAGCCGGCAGUGGUACCGUGGCAAAAGCAAUUUCCAGAGUACAGAAGAGGCAGAGAUCAGAACCUGAGCACUUCGGAAAGGGUUCGGCACGCUCUACUUCGGGCUGAGCAAAGGUCGUCUUCGAUGUGCGACGAUCGAGUCGGCCGAGUUUGGAUCCGGAGGAAGGAUCUGCUUAAGGAGCUUGAAGUCGAGACUAGAAACCCACUGCGAAGGUCAAGUUCCCUUCCGAACUCCUUGCUCGGCCCAACCCGGGUCGUUUCCUCAAUGCGUAUCCAGCUGGGUCAAGGUUCGGUUCGACACUGCACCCCUCCGUGCUAUAGCUACAAAUAUGAGGAGGGACAUGAGGGGGACGAGGUCGAUUCCAUCGCAGAGGAAGAUGACGAAUAUCCAGAGGAAGCCCAGUCGAGAUGCAGGUCCUCUUUGCUCGUCAAGCAAGCAUCCACCGAUUGUGAAUCAACUGGACUACCACCGUAUGGAAUGCCCCCGUACCCACUAAACGUGCCGCAGCACCUGACCCGGUCAGCCAACUCUCUCUACAGCACUCCCGCUGAUUGGCCUUUAAGACGCCUUGCAGAAGGUCCUUCAUGGAGCACCAGCAGUGUCCCAGAUUUGACCAACCCUGCAACAAUGCCUCAUGUUCCUCCAGCUUCUCAACAAGGCAACCAUCACCACCAACACUUGCCUCAUUACAGAGCGGGUGCAGGUUCAGCUUACCACCCUAACAAAGCUGGUAGCUACCCAAGUCAUGGUGCCACCCCAGGCUCCUUCAACAGUCCACCUACUCACCAGUAUACCCCAUACGCCCAUCUGCAAGACCCAUCGUCAAUCCCUCACUCGCUUCACACGCCACCGCACGGUGUCCCUUACCCCCAUCCAAACAUGCCUUCAUACUUCCACCCCCACAGCGCCCCCUAUGGUCCACCAGCACCACCAAUGCAUUCCCCGUACCACCCUCCACCUCCUCUGCACGCCCCCUACGGUUCCACGUUCAAUCUGCACGGAAGUCUGUACCACCCGUACUCGCCUCUCUCGCACUCGCACAGCGCCCCUCAUAAUCUGGGCUAUAAUAAUACCGCACCUUACCACCCACACGGGCACUACCAGUGUACCAGCCCGUUCACUCCUCCUCCGCCUGCCCAGUUCCCACCGUACGACACCGCGACCCCUCCACCUGCGAUGGGCAGCACGGAAAUGCAGCUGCGAAGAGUUCUGCACGAAAUCAGAGGAACUGUUCAGAGCCUCAACCAGAGCCCUUCGGUCCCGCGGGAGGGCACGCCCCUGGGAACGCAGAGUCCCCACCAGCCCAUCCAACCACUAUAUGAGGAGCUGCAGAUGCGGCGCAGGAGUCUGAACGUCUUCAGGACUCAGAUGAUGGAUCUGGAGCUGUCUCUGAUGAGGCAGCAGUCUAUGGUCUACCAGCACUUCGGUUCUGAUGAGAGGAGGGAGGCGGAGCAUCUGCUGAGGCUGAGAGCUGCAGUCCGGCAGGAGCUUCAGGAUCUGGAGCUUCAGCUGGAGGAUCGACUGCUGACCAUCAACGACCAGCAGCGCUCCACUCAACACAGCCGACUCUGCCGCCACCCACUGGGCAUGUCGAGAGGUCACAGCAUGGACAGCCUGUCCAGCUCUUCUGCCCUCAGGGCCAUGGAGCCGGUGACGGAUCUGUUGCGGGAGCAGCUCUAUCUGCAGUCUGAGUUGGGGUAUGACGGAGCUCUGAGCGCCGCCGGGACCCCCCUCUCCGGACGCUCGUCCCGAGCCGAGAGCCCGUCCCGAUCCACCAGGACCUCCGGCCGCUGUAGCCCCGCCCCCCAGAGAGGGGGCGUGUACCGUUCCACCGUCAGCAUCACCCCCAGCGUCCCUCCACGGCCGGGGGCGGAGCUUAGCCAGCCUGCAACAGGGGAGGUCCAGGAGGAGACCACGCCCCCCCACCUGAACCCUGAUCCCUCAGAGGUCAGAGCUCAGAGAGGGGAGUGUCUUAGUGCCUCACCUAUGGAGGAGCAGGAGAGCACAGCCAAUGAGGACCCUCAGAGUCUGGGGGAGGGAGGAGGGGGAGGAGGAGGACACGCCCACCUGCAGCAGCUCAUCCAGGAGAUAAAGCAGAGUCUGGCUGAGGAGAUCAGACAAGAGAUAGUGAACGAGCUUCUGGCCGCCGUGUCGCCAAGACCGUCUUCCAGAGCAUCACGAGAACCUCCACCCUGAUGAUGGAGAGGAGAGGCAGCUGAAGAGGAAGAGGAGGAGGAAGAGGAGGAGGGAGAGGAGGAGGAAGAGGAGGAGGAAGAGGAGCAGGAAGAGGAGGAGUGCUGUGAAAGUGAACUGCUGAGUGAACACUGAUGAAGCCGUGCACUGAGAUCAGCUCAACGUCGCCCCCUGUGUUCAUCACACACUACUGCAGGAAAUACCAUCAUCAUCACCGUCAUCAUCACCUUCACCCCUAAUCUGCUUCCUACUGUCUGAUCCCACACUACUGUAGCUCCGCCCCCCAUCAGACACACCUCCACCUGCUCCAAACCACAAGGGGCAGCAGAGAGCACCACCUGCCCAGAGUUUAUUAACACCUACACUCUCAAAACCUGUCCAAACUGAUUUUAGAUCUAGUUAUAUGUUUAUAAUAUGUAGUAUAAUAUAUGAGUGUUACAUUUAACACACCUGUGUAACAAGUGAUGACACACACAGUGUAAUAAUUAGCUCAAAUAACAGUUUUAGGAUUCAAAUAUUGGCACAUUUUCUUUAGAAGGUAGCAAUAAUAAAUAAAAGCAAUCAAAUCUCAAUAAAUAUUGGACACAAUAAAUAAAUAAUAAUAAAUUAAUUAAUCCAUAAAUCCAUAAUUAUCUCUACUUUGUAUUUCCUAAAUGUCACAUAGAAAAAUUACGUCUCAAAUUUGACCUAUUUUCACUUUUUAACAUAAUGUGAAUCUGGCAUCUAUACAUUGCCUUAGAGUUUCAUAAUGAAUGAACCAAUAGAAAUGCUUCAAAAGUGUCUUGGAAUGAAAUUAUUUUCCAUUGACUUCCAUUCAUGAAUGAAAUGUUUUACAUUUAGUUAUAUUCUUAUUAAAAACAUUUCACAUUGACUUCCAUUCCCAUUGAAACUUUUUCAGAUUGACUUCUGUUGAAACUUAAGAUUUUUCUUCUGCUGUAAAUUGCAUUUUGGAGAUACACUACAUGGACAAAAGUAUUCGGACACCUGCUCAGUGAUUUAUUAAUUAAAUCUGGCAGAUGUUAUUUAUAUUAUAUUGACCAAUAUAAAUGUUUUUGUCCAACUUCUGUCAUUUUACAAUUUAUAUAAACAAAAUAAAUAUACAAUAUAAUUAUGCUUAGAGUUAAAUAAAUUGGCGUUUUUACCAAUAAAUAAAAUAUUUUGGAGAGCUUAGGUGUUUCUAAACUAUUGGCAGUGUUGGUAAACUCCUCUAUUGACUCUACUCACUUAUCUAAAGCCACUUUCUGGACACAACUGCUGAAGCUCCACCACCAGCAACACCAGCUCCGCCAUCAUCUCCACCACCAUCUCCACCACUAGAUCCACCAUCAGCCUCAUCAUCAGCUCCACCAACUUCUUCACCACCAUUAGCUCCACCACAAGCUCCACCGUUAUCUCCACCAACAUUUCCAUCAUCAGCUCCACCACCAGCUCCACCAUCAUCUUCAGGACUUUCUGCGGGACCUACAACCAGACUCCGCCUUCUUGCUGUUGGGUUGGAUGCUCCUGAAAAGGUGUUGGAAAAAAACAUUUACGUUAAAAAUGUGCUAAUUUUUCAAUCCAUUCAAUCCUCUACAGUUUUGCUGGCUGUCACUUUAUAUUGAAUUUCUGAAUUCCAUGAUGAAUGGACCAAUAGGAACUCUUUAUAUUGAAUCUGAACUAUAGUAAAAACCUUUGGAUUUUUAUACGUUUUUCCACAUCCUGGGAUUUAUUUUUUACUGGGAGUUUUCACUGAAACAAAUUUUGGGAUGCAAAUCUUUUUAUUCAUACAACUUUCAGUAUAAACAAACCUCCUGUGAAUUAGCUCCGCCCACUGCGAAGGGGCUUGGUCUUGUCUUUCAUUUCACGCCCUUGUGCUGCAUGUGAUGUCCUCAUCUCGAGUCCUGUUGGGACGGGAUUAGUUAUUAGUCUAACCGGAGGAGGUGGAGUAAUGUCAUUUUACUACAGGAUGACUGAAGUCUCAGUAUAAACGACUGUAAAUGAGAUGGGAGUGGCUACUUGAUUUAUGUACUUCCAUCACCUCUAAACAAUUAAAACAUAAGUAAUUACAAUCAAUCUUAAGAAGUUUUUAAAAAAUCAUCAGCUACAUGUUUAUAACAUUUAUGUAAACUCUAGGCUAAAUGCUAAAUUUUAGCUACCUAAAACUGCAUAAGCCCCGCCCCUUUUGGGGAGUCUUUUAGCUCGUCUUCUGGAUUUCCAAACAACCUUCAGAGUGAUCUAUACUCGAUUCGACCUGAUUAUCAAAUGUACUCCUUAUGUUUGCGCUAAACUAAACAGCUGUUCAGGUGCAGUUUAACCUGAUUUAUUGAGCAGCUAAUGUUUACCACAACAUUGUAUUGAUUGUAUUCAGUGUUUAAAAUUUCCCCAACAUCCCCAAAUAUUAGGAUAUUUUCGAAGGUUAAAGAUUAAGAAAGCCCAGAUGUUUGCGUCUUCAUUAACUUUAGAGAAAGUGCUUUUCCACGUGGGAGUAAUGUGCGUAAUCUGCAUGCUCUAAGACUCUAAACAGGGCUGGGUUUGAAUAUAGCAUUGCAUAACAAUGACAUUGCUAUGUCCAAUGAAAGCUAAAGAACGCUGCAUUGACCUGUGAGAUCUGUGGGCAUGGGAUGAAGGCAAGGACUGUUUCAGACAGACGCCGCCGGUCACCAUCAUUGCACUGUCCACUGUGGGUGGUAAUAAUAGUUGUGGCAUAGGAUUUUGUAUUCAUCGUAUUCAUUGUAUUCAGUGUUAAAGCAGCUUAACACUGCACAAAAUUAUUGCAUUCUGAUCUGGAUCACAGAAUCUUCCUGUAUUUACUUUCUAGCUCCGCCCCAGAUAGGUCCGACCAAUCAGCAGAGAGAUCAUGUGCUCACAUUUUUUGUUUGUUUUUUUUUCACGCAAUUUUGCCAUUUAUUUUGCAAUUCACAACCAGACUAAACGCCUUCUUGAGCUCCUACAUAGUUCAGAAAAGCAGUAAAAACUCAUUUUCACUCUUAUUUGAUUAAAUAUUUACCUUUUACUUUGAUUUGCACUCGAUUAAUACAAUAUAAAAGUUGUUUUAUCCCACCUCCUCAACAUAAUCCCAUCCCAACAGGGCUUGAGUUGAUGGUUUUCAUGAUUUAUUUUUUAUUUUUACCACAACGUUUCUAAGAAUCGUCCAUAUUAAGGUUCUUUAGGGCUUCUGAAAAGUGUUUUUUCUCCACUGAAUGUUGAAUGUUAAAUACUCCUUCACUUCAAAAUGUCUUUAUAUAAGAGUAGCACCAAGAUAUUUACCCUGAAAACCUACUAAAGUCUGUGUACCGCAGGUUCUUCUCAUCUGAGGAACCUGAGAAAAGAUGCUUUUAUCCCAGUUUUCCACGAAAGCAUUAUAGUGUUAAGACGAUAUCUAAUAUAUGUUGACCUGUGAAUAAUUGUGAUCAUUUUCUGAUCGUGAUUUUGUGUUAUAAAUAUGUGUUUUAUUUGGUUUUCUCAUCAUUUUUCUACAUUCCAAGUUGGGAGAGGCUGCAGAUAUCUGGUCAUGUUCUGAAUGGUACCUGCCUUCUGAUUUAUUUUAUUUUAUUUAACUUUUCUUUUGUUUUUCCAGUGAAGCUCCUUUAUAAUUCUAUAAUUCUGUAUUUCUGUAUUUCUGUAAUUCUGGGCUGUAUUUAAUGUGUUUAUAUUGAUUUAAUUGUGGUUCCACUCGUGUUCUGCUGCGGUGAAGGUGGCCAGGCUUGACGAUCGCACUGUGGGUGAUGGUGAAAGUGUUUUUUUGUGUGUUUGUGUGUUUGUGCGAGUGUUUGAGUGUGUUUUUGUGAAAAUUGAGAAAAUGUACGAUACGAAUGAUCGGUUGUCUACUGUAAUCCGACUGAGUUUCUAAUGCAGCCUCUGUGAGGUACUAAACGUGCAAUACGUUCCACUUUUUCCACUUGAACUGACCAGUCACAACUGCUGUUUAUAGGCCGAAUAAACGAAUAAAUAGAUUUAUAAAUAAAUCAAUCAAUAAACAAGAAAAAAAACAC